GCAAGGUUGGCAACACUGGUGUCAGGUGUUCAAAACCAAAACAAACCCAUAAGGAGCAGUUUUUAGUAAAAAUAAGGAAUAAAUUGAACAAUUGGGAUGAAAGUCUUGUAAGAAUUUGUUGUAGAGGUAUUCCUGAGCACGUGCAAUUCGCAGAAAAUUUUUGAAUAAAAAAUGUUAAAAAGUGCAGUCUUGUCUCCAGGGAUUUUUAGGAAAAUUACCGGAAAUGGCUUUUACACCCUGAGAAAUACACUGCAACAGACAAGGCUAUGGAGCUCAAGACCCCGUGAUCCAGAGACCAAGAAGAAAUUGAGAUCAACAUUGUACUAUGUAACAGCUGCCGGUGUUUUGACCGUGGGGCUCAGUUAUGCGGCUGUUCCCCUGUAUAGAAUGUUCUGUCAAGCCUACAGCUACGGUGGAACAACUUCCCUAACUCACGAUGGCUCCAAAGUGGAGUCCAUGAAGAGAAUCAAAGAAAGAGUGCUCAAGAUAAAAUUCAAUGCAGAUCUUGGGGCAGCAAUGAGGUGGAAUUUUAAGCCACAGCAAGUGGAAAUAUUGGUGUCUCCUGGAGAAACAGCUCUGGCUUUCUACACAGCUCGAAAUCCAACCAAUCAACCUGUCAUCGGCAUCAGCACGUACAAUGUGAUUCCCUUUGAAGCUGGUCAGUACUUCAACAAGAUCCAGUGCUUCUGCUUCGAGGAACAGCAGCUCAAUCCCAAUGAAGAGGUAGAUAUGCCUGUGUUCUUCUACAUCGACCCGGAAUUCUGUGAUGAUCCCAAGAUGGAAUUUGUCGAUGAAAUUACACUUUCCUACACAUUUUUCGAGGCAAAGGAAGGACUAAAUCUCCAAAUGCCAUCAUACGCUUCUCGACAUUAGACACAGGACUUUGUAAAAAUCACUAGAAACUAUAAUAAAAUUGUUUUUAAAGAAA